CGGAGCGGCGGUGCAGGGGAUAGCUCAUUGCUAGUUGAAGGCUUAAAGCCAUUUCCCCUUACACCGACCCUAUGCUUCUUCACUGGUCAAACUCAUCGUCGCUCCUUCGACGCCGUCUUCUGACUCUUCACUCCUCCGGUCGUCGUCGUAGUCGUCAAUUAUCUAGCAAUUUUAAUGGCUAUUUCAGCGUUGGUGGAAUCUAAGUUAUGAUACUUUCAGUUAGUCAAAUUUCCAUAGCCUGUUCUGUGUCGUUGGGAAAGUUCGAUUUUAUAUCCUUUUCAUAACCAUGCUUUCUCGCCUUAUACCCAAACCCUCACAUUUCCGACGCUUUGUGUUGAUCACUUCAAAAUCUAUCACACAUCCCCAACCUCAUUUCACCUAUUCUACGAACACCCCAAAUUUUCGCGCUUUCUCCAAAUACUUCUCCACCAAUGGGAACAAUGACAACAAUGGCAAGGACCCUACCGGUGUCUGGAAAGAUUUCCGGGGGAUUGAGGAUAAGUUUGACGCUAUGUUCGCUGGAGAUAACGGAAGAUUUGGUGGAUUUAAUGAGGGAGAUGAUGGCGCCAAGGCCCCAGCCAGCAAGGACCAGUGGUGGUUAGAAGAGGAGGGACUUGAUAAUGAAGAUGAGGAUGCUAUAUUUAAACGGCCUGACAAGAAAACUGAUGAGAAGGGUGGUGAUUUUGGUAACCAGCCAUGGCAUGCAACAGAGCACCUGAAACCAUGGAUCCUGCGUGAGGAAGGGAAAGAUGAUGUGUUUAAUUACCAAGAUUUUGGAAGCAAUGUGGGUGAAUUCAGGCCUGAUAGUAGUCUUGUGGAGAGUCAGAGAAUUGAGGAUCCUGAGAAGCUUGAGAAGGAAGAGAAACAGUUGACUGCCGUUUUAAAAGGACCCGAUCGUGCUUUUGGUGAUCUUAUUGCUGUUUCUGGAAUUACGGAUGAAAUGAUUGACAGUUUGAUGGCAUUGAAGGACUUUGAAGAGGUUGAUGGCUUGCCACCCCUUAGAGUAAUAGAAGACAUGCGCUAUGAAAAGAGUAUUAAAAAAUCUACUAGAGCUGAAAUUGAACGUCAGAAACAGGAGGAAGCUGCAAAAGCAAGAGUGAGAAAAGUAGAUGAGAAAGGACGUGCCUAUGGAACUGGAAGAAGGAAGUGCAGCAUAGCUCGUGUUUGGGUUCAACCCGGUGAUGGUAAAUUUGUAGUUAAUGAUAAAGAAUUUGAUGUCUACUUUCCAAUGCUUGAACAUCGGGCUACUCUAUUACGACCUUUCUCUGAGACAAAGACAUUGGGGCUUUGGGAUGUCAAUUGUACAGUGAAAGGAGGUGGUGUUUCAGGUCAAGUUGGAGCAAUACAAUUGGGGAUCAGUAGGGCUUUGCAAAGCUGGGAACCAGACUUGCGUCCCGCACUGAGAAGCGCUGGUUUCCUGACGAGGGAUCCUCGAGUGGUAGAAAGGAAAAAGCCAGGAAAGGCCAAAGCAAGAAAAAGUUUCCAAUGGGUCAAGCGUUAAACACUUGGAGCUUCUGUUCAUGUAUUAUAAAUUUUGUAUGGAACAUCUUGCCUCUUUGAAUAAACUUGCCAAAAUUCAUUCAUCCUCGUCAUCUGGGAUAGAAAGCGACGUUAGGAUUUAUUUAGUAUUGGAAUGAACAUCUGAUCUCGUUCUGUUUUCAUCCUUGUACUAUGCUAUAUUAUGAAAUUUUGGUUCACAGCAGCGUGAAGUACCUGUUA